AUGAUCCGCCUGCCGCUCAAUGUCGAGACUCCGCGGCUCUCUUACUUUAUUCCACAUCACCCGGUGAUUAAACAAGCCCCCGAUCUUAAGGUAAGAGUGGUGUUCAACGCCUCGCAGGCGUCCACCAAUGGCCGGUCGUUGAACGACUUGGUGCACGUGGGGCCGCGCUUACAGCGAGAACUGGGCGAGAUUCUACUUGCCUGGCGCAUGCAUCGAGUGGCCUUCUCUGCAGACAUCGAGCAAAUGUUUCGUCAAGUGCGGGUGGCUCCGGAGGAUCAACACCUCCAACAGAUUCUCUGGCGAGACAGCCAGACGCAGGCAGUAUCGGUGUACCGGUUGACCACGGUCACCUAUGGCAUGGCGUGCGCUCCUUAUCUGGCCAUCCGCACGCUGCACCAGCUGGCGCUGGAUGAGCGGGAACGUUAUCCCCGGGCAGCAGACUUACUUUGUCGACAAACCUACGUCGACGAUAUUCUUGCGGGGGCAGAUGACCUUGGGGAGGCACGCCAUCGACAGCGUGAGCUGAGCAGCUUGCUCAUGGCGGGCGGGUUCCGACUCAGGAAGUGGGCGGCCUCACAUCCGGAACUCUUGUCCGGUAUCCCGGAGGGGGACCGCGAGCCUUUGGUGCCUCUGCCGGACCCUGGGGCCGUGGGUGCAUCUGUGCUGGGGGUCGGUUGGAUUCCGGUCGAGGAUGCAUUCUGCUUUUCGGUCAACCCCGGGGCUCAAUCAGCCAUCUCGAAGCGUGGCAUCUUGUCAGUCGUUGCGCGAUUAUACGACCCCCUGGGCUGGUUGGGGCCUAUGGUAGUACUGGCGAAGAUCCUCCUUCAGGACUUGUGGUUGGCCGGGCUCGGUUGGGACGAGGCUCUCCCUUCUCCGCUCUCGCGACGUUGGGACGCCUUUAGCACCGGGCUCGCGGAGGUUUCCGCGAUCCGAGUUCCUCGCUGGACCGGAUGGUCGCCUGAAGUGGAGAUCCAGCUUCACGGCUUCUCGGACGCCUCGGAGCGGGCGUACGCCGCCGUCAUCUACUUACGGGCUCGACGGUCUGAUGGGACCACCCGUAUCGCUCUAUUGGCGUCCAAGACCAGGGUCGCCCCACUAAAGCGGGUAACGUUGCCCCGCCUGGAGCUGUGCGGUGCGCAGCUGCUCUCGCGCCUCAUGAAGGCCAUUGUGGAGGCGCUCGGUUGUGCCGAGGCCUCCCUGGUUUGUUGGACCGACUCUUCUGUCACGCUCCAUUGGAUAACAGGGCAUCCAUCUCGAUGGACCACCUUUGUCGCCAAUCGCGUCUCGUACAUUCACGAGAGCCUUCCGCGGGCCUCGUGGCGGCAUGUCCCGUCCGGCGACAAUCCCGCGGAUUGCGCCUCCCGGGGUUUGUUGGCCGGCGGGCUACGAGAACACGCCCUUUGGUGGCGUGGCCCCUCCUGGCUUGUCGAGGACCCGGCGGGCUGGCCGGGUCUAACUUGCGUCGCGGUCGACCGAAGCACUUGCGAGGAACGGCGCAUGGUUCACGUAGUGGCCGUGAACCCGGAGGACUGGUCCGGUGUCCUCUGA